ACAGAUCUGUGUGAGGAGGACGCUCCGUUGUCAUGCAGGGACUGCCGUGUAAGUAUCAUGCAUGCGUUGAGUCUGCCUCGUCACUGUCGCUACCGUAGCAAAUUUUGUCAAAUCGAUGGCAACGCACCGAGCCUACUGUCAUAGUCUUUCUGGCAUCUUCUGGUAUUCAACUUGUCUUCACCGGAACAUAAUGUGUCUUAAAUAGCGUUGAUAUGGAGUCUCUACAGGCAGGUAAGAGAUCUAUUUUUGCACCAAAGUCGUCUCUGAUACCACGUCUAUCGGAAUCACAUAAUCGACGAAACUCAAACAAAAUUGUCAUAAAUGUGGGAGGUGUUCGGUUCGAAACUUAUAAGACAACUCUCAAGAGCAUUCCAGAUACCCGGCUAUCCUGGUUGACGGAUCAUUCAGGACACAAUCCGGAUUAUGACCCGUUAACCGGAGAAUAUUUUUUCGAUCGACAUUCGGGAAUGUUUCAAAUGAUCCUUAACUAUUACCGCACUGGAAAGUUACAUGUAGCUAUGGAUGUAUGCGGCCCCGCGUUCGAAGAGGAAUUGGCAUUUUGGGGUCUGGAUGAGACCCAGAUUGAACCCUGUUGCUGGCAUACGUAUAGGGCACAUCGAGAUGCACAGCAAACCCUAGCUGAGUUCGAGGGUACCGAGAAUGAUGUUGAAAGUGAUAACGAGGAAGAAUUCGAAAUGAGACAAAAAUUUGGUAUUUCUGAGGAUUUUAAACAAGUUGAACUCUCUCGUUGGAAAAAAUGGAGGCCUAAAAUGUGGCGUUUCCUUGACGACCCGAACGCAAACAGGAUCUCGAAGGCCUACGCCGUAGUAUCUGUGAUAUUUAUCCUGACGUCGAUCGCCGUGUUUUGUUUAGAGACUAAUUCCCACUUCCGGUACAAUCCCCAAACAAACCUAUCGAUGGACAACCUUCCUGUUUUGGAACGACAGCGACACACCAAACCACUCUUCUUUAUGGACGUCUUCGAGUACAUCUGUAUUAUUUUCUUCACGUUUGAGUUGCUAGCCAGGAUAAUAUUUUGCCCGUGUAUCAGUGACUAUUUAAAGGAGCCUUUUAAUUGGAUAGACGUGUGUUCUGUCGUACCGUUCUACAUAACAAAGAUCAUGCUAAUCUGUGAUGGUAAUCUCGAGCUCACUGAUGCCUAUUAUUUCCUUAAUGCACUUCGACUGAUAAGAAUUUUUCGAAUUUUGAAACUAACACGUCAUUUUAGUGGAUUGAAAAUUUUAGGCCAUACGAUACGAGCAAGUGCCAAAGAGCUUUUACUCCUUUUUCUUGUACUGAUAAUCGGUGUGCUUAUCUUCGCCUGUCUUAUUUUCUAUGCAGAACAAAUUGACGAGGGUAAGAUCAAUGACUUUCCUGAUAUUCCUAUGGGCUUUUGGUGGGCAGUUGUUACCAUGACAACACUUGGGUAUGGUGAUAUGGCCCCUCGCACAGGCUUUGGAUACAUUGUGGGGACGAUCUGCGCAGUCUGUGGACUUCUUAUGCUGUCACUUCCGGUUCCGAUCAUAGUCAGUAAUUUCACACUUUAUUAUUCUCACGCCCAGGCUAAAAUGAAACUUCCGAAAAAGAAUAGGAAUUGUCUGGUUGGUGCCGCAAAUGCAUUGAAGGAAAAUCAACCAACACCAACACCUUCUCCAUUACCGGAAGCGGAUGUGUCGCCAUUAAAAUCAGAAUAUGGAAGUAAAAGCAGUUUGAAGUCACUGGAUCGUAAGUCCAGCAAUGAUAGUGCGUUUGGUAGCUGUGACAGCAACACGUCUCCAGAAAAAGAAGAAGUGAGAAAGAUUAGUGUAAUUUACACGGACGAGAUUGUCAAUUCUCCUCAAUUAAUAGUAAAACGGAACCGCUUUUUUGGGAAUCAGUCACCACCGGAAGCGGAAAGACUCCCACGGAUUCCUGAACGAUCCCACUCUCCAGCGGAAAUGGAUGUGAACAUGCGCACGAGACGGGGCAGCAGAGUCGGCAUUGGUUAUAAAUCGGUGUCACCUGCAGCGUCAUCCAAGAUGACUCACUUGCCACCUGAUCCGGAGAUGUGAAUUAACGUGUCAUUCUUUAAAAGAUGCAUGUUAUUCCAUGGAAUACGUCACAAUAAUGUGAUAAGAAUUUUGCAAAAAAAGAAAAUUUGAGCAAAAUUAUUAAUUGCAAGUAAGUGCAAUUAUUUAAUUAAGAGAAAUUAUACAACGCUCUGCACUCAUGUGUCUGAUUAAAUUCAUGAAGGAUUGAACAAUGUGUUCUGUGUACAGGAUAGUUCCCAUGUUAGUGUUGUUUUCGUGAAUUUAAGUACGAUGAAAUUAUCAUGAAAGAGAAUGCAACACUCUCAAAACUGAUUACAACACCGAGCCAAUACAGAUGUGGCCAAACUGGGGUCAGAAAGUACACUGGGUAUUCUCUAUCGUCGAUUCUGCUGGAUAAAGCGUUUCGCAAAAAUGCAAAUUAGCAUGUGGCAGUGUUUAGAAUUGGAUAACGUUUCUGUUGAAACCGGCAAUGCAUUGGACAUUUUUUGUCGAAUUCUGUUUGUUGGGGAAACGGGUGUAUAAGGAACGAUACACAGCCUAUUGUCAAGUUAUGACGAAUUAUGACGAAUUACCGUGGCCAUUGUGUGAGAUAAGUGCACUCAAUAUUUAACCGAAAGCAAUGUAAAAUUAUUUUGUUCGCACAAUA